AUGACAGAAGCGGCAAAAGCUCAAAUAAAUGGGAUGCAAGGGUGCGGAAUCUCGACCUCGAAGACGAUGCAGUACCUGGCCGGUGGGUAUUCUCUAGUUGGUUUCCUGAAGAAGGAUGCCUAUAACUACGUUGACAGGAGUAGGCGUGCUAGAAUAGCCGACGGGGAUGCGAACUCGGCUAUAGUGUACCUGGAGGGAAAAGUUGAUACUGACCCGAUGUCUAUGCCGCGGUAUAAUGUGAUUGCGGAUGACAUGCUAGCGAAUUUACUCUGGGCAGACGGUGGAAGCAGGAUUGACUACCAGUACUUUGACGAUGUUCUUGCAUUCGACUCAACAUAUAAGAAGAACAAGUAUAAUAGGCCGCUGGUUAUUUUUUCUGGCUAUAAUAACCACAAGCAAACUUGUAUAUUUGAGUUUGGGUUGGUGUUAGAUGAGAGCAUCGCUUCGUAUACAUGGCUGUUGGAGAAUUUUUUGGAGGUCAUGUGCAACAAGGUGCCAUUGGUUGUUGUGACUGACGGAGAUGAUUCAAUCUGGGAGGCUGUUCGAAAAGUUUUUUCGGAUGCAACCCAUCAACUUUGUGCAUGGCACAUUGAGAAGAAUGUUACAUCUAACAUCAAGGAUGUGGCUUUACGCCAGCUAUUCAAUAGGUGGCUGUAUGCAAACAUGGGGUUCGAGGACUUUGAGACCGAGUGGGCCGAAGCAUCGGCUGAGUAUGGAUUGAAUGACACCUUGUGGGGGAACCAGGUGUACAGGAAGAGGGAGAUGUAG